CCCACCCCCCGCUAUAAUUUGCUUUCUGAUUCAGAACGACGGUAAAUUCCCGGUACUUUCCAGUGGUAUCUUCCCAAUCCGCGCGUUGCUUAGCAGGAUGCGGCCAUCGAUAGUUUUCUAUUGACAAAUCGCAUCAGGAAAAUAAGUGAAAGUCGAUGGUUGUCCGUUCUUUCUAUCUUUCAUCCGACACCUUCCCGUUCUCAUAGAUAGCAUCCUAGCAAAUCCCCGACGGUGACUGGAGAGUUAAAACGCUGAAAGCGCGUAGCCUAAGCAACUACAAUUUUCUUUCGUUCGAAUUCAGUCACUUUUUGUGCGAACAGUUUGAGCUACUCUCGUUCAACAUCAGUCGCGCGCAUUCGUAAUUCCUCUCCUCAACUGACAUUUCCUGUUUUAAAUAUAGUUUAUCUGGAUUUUUUUCUACUUUUUUCCCCCACUGGCGUUGCCAACGCAACACAGAUAGCCUGUCUCUGAACGCAGUCGUUCUUCGAAAAAACCUCCUGUGGCACUGAGACACAUUGGUCUACGCUUUCUCCCCUGUCUAGAUAGUCUCCACACAAGACCAACAAUAUGUUGGACCCAUCUUCCAGUGAAGAGGAAGCGGAUGAGAUAGUGGAAGAAGAAGGCAAAGAGGUGAUGGCACCAAAGACCGGGGGAGCACGGGUGUCACCCAGCCGGACCACCGACAGUUCUGGUGGGCUCCAGCCCUCGAGCCGGGGAAGCAGCGCUUGUGCGUCCAACCCCAGCCCCUCGGCGGCCAGCGAGAAGGAGAAAGAUGAUCUGGAAAAGAUGCAGAGGGAGGAGGAAGAGCGAAAGAAGAGGCUCCAGCUCUAUGUCUUUGUGAUGCGCUGCAUUGCCUAUCCUUUUAAUGCCAAGCAACCCACCGACAUGGCAAGACGACAACAGAAGAUCAGUAAGCAGCAGUUACAGACAGUGAAGGAGCGUUUCCAGGCUUUCCUCAGUGGUGACACCCAGAUAGUGGCAGACGAGGCCUUCAUCAAUGCAGUCCAGAGCUACUAUGAUAUAUUCCUGAAGAGUGACCGUGUGUCCCGGAUGGUCCAGAGCGGAGGCUGCUCGGCCAGUGACUCGCGGGAGGUUUUCAAGAAGCACAUUGAGAAGCGUGUCCGUAGCCUGCCGGAGAUCGACGGCCUAAGUAAGGAGACAGUGCUCAGCUCCUGGAUGGCCAAGUUUGACACAAUCUACCGCGGAGAGGAUGACCCUAGGAAGCACCAGCAGCGGAUGACAGCCAGUGCAGCCUCAGAGCUCAUCCUCAGUAAGGACCAGCUCUACGAGAUGUUCCAGUCCAUCCUGGGCAUCAAGAAGUUUGAGCACCAGCUCCUCUACAACGCCUGCCAGCUUGAUAACCCAGACGAGCAGGCUGCACAGAUCAGGAGAGAACUGGACGGACGACUGCAGAUGGCUGAUCAGAUCGCCAGGGGCGGCAAGUUUCCCAAGUUUGUGUCCAAAGAGAUGGAGGCCAUGUUCAUAGAGGAGCUGAGAUCCUCAGUGAACCUGCUGAUGGCUAACCUGGAGAGCAUGCCCGUGUCCAAGGGAGGAGAGUUCAAACUGCAGAAGCUCAAACGAGGACACAACACCUCCAUCAUAGACAUGGGCCAGGAGGACGAGAACACGCUGUCCAAGUCUGAUGUGGUGCUCUCCUUCACUCUGGAGGUGGUGAUUGUGGAGGUUCAGGGGUUAAAGUCGCUGGCGCCCAAUCGGAUCGUCUACUGCACCAUGGAGGUGGAGGGGGGGCAUAAGCUCCAGACUGACCAGGCCGAGGCCUCCAAACCAACCUGGGGGACCCAGGGGGACUUCACCACCACACACCCCCUGCCUGCUGUCAAGGUGAAGUUGUUCACUGAGAGCACAGGAGUCCUGGCCCUGGAGGACAAAGAGCUUGGCAGGGUGGUACUCCAUCCGACCCCUAACAGUCCCAAACAGUCCGAACUACACAAGAUGUCCGUGUCCAAAGGCUGCCCUGACAGUGACCUGAAGAUCAAACUGGCCAUCCGCAUGGACAAGCCACAAAACAUGAAGCACUGUGGGUACCUAUGGGCUAUUGGUAAAAAUGUGUGGAAGAGAUGGAAGAAGAGAUUCUUUGUCUUGGUGCAGGUGAGCCAGUACACCUUUGCCAUGUGCAGCUACAGAGAGAAGAAGGCAGAGCCUGUGGAGCUGCUUCAACUGGACGGCUACACUGUAGACUACACCGACCCUCAGCCAGGUCUUGACGGUGGGAGGACCUUCUUCAAUGCAGUAAAGGAAGGUGACACUGUGAUCUUUGCCAGUGAUGACGAGCAGGACCGCAUCCUGUGGGUCCAGGCUAUGUACCGGGCCACGGGCCAGUCCCACAAGCCAAUCCCCCCCACCCAGGUCCAGAAACUCAACAACAGAGCAGGCUCCGCACCUCAGCUAGACGCACCCAUCUCCCAGUUCUACGCGGACCGGGCGCAGAAACAUGGCAUGGAUGAGUUCAUCUCAGCCAACCCCUGCAGCUUUGACCACUCCUCUCUGUUUGAGAUGGUGCAGCGCCUCACCCUGGACCACAGACUCAAUGACUCCUACUCCUGUUUGGGUUGGUUCAGUCCAGGCCAGGUGUUUGUCAUGGAUGAGUACUGUGCUCGUAAUGGUGUGCGGGGGUGUCACAGACACCUGUGUUACCUGGGUGACCUGCUGGAGAGAGCAGAGAACGGGGCUAUGAUUGACCCCACCCUGCUGCACUACAGCUUUGCCUUCUGUGCCUCACAUGUCCAUGGCAACAGGCCUGACGGGAUAGGGACGGUGACUGUGGAGGAGAAGGAACGCUUUGAGGAUAUCAAAGAGAGGCUGCGUGUUCUGCUGGAGAACCAGAUCACACACUUCAGGUACUGUUUUCCAUUUGGUCGACCGGAGGGGGCCCUGAAAGCCACUUUGUCCCUGCUUGAGAGGGUGCUGAUGAAGGAUAUUGUGACUCCUGUGCCCCAGGAGGAGGUGAAGACAGUCAUCCGUAAAUGUCUGGAGCAGGCAGCCUUGAUCAACUACCAGCGCCUCUCAGAAUACGCCAAAGUAGAAGCGGAGAAAACUCAGAAAGAUAAGAAAGAUCAUCAGGAUCAGGAUCCAGAGAAUGUAGGGCGCUUAGUCACCCCAGCCAAAAAGCUGGAGGACACCAUCCGCCUGGCCGAAUUGGUCAUCGAGGUUCUCCAACAGAAUGAGGAGCACCAUGCAGAGGCUACAGUCACAAGUACUGGAAAUCAGUCGGGCAAAGAGGCGUUUGCGUGGUGGUCUGACCUGAUGGUGGAGCACGCGGAGACCUUCCUGUCUCUGUAUGCGGUGGACAUGGACGCUGCUCUGGAGGUGCAGCCCCCUGACAGCUGGGACAGCUUCCCUCUCUUCCAGCUCCUCAAUGACUUCCUGAGGACCGACUAUAACCUGUGCAACGGGCAGUUCCAUAGACACCUGCAGGACCUGUACGCCCCCCUUGUGGUGCGAUAUGUGGACCUCAUGGAGUCAUCUAUCGCCCAGUCCAUCCACAGGGGCUUCGAGAGGGAGUCCUGGGAGCCUGUCAAGAGCCUAACAAGUAAUCUUCCUGAUUUGAGUCUACCAAAUGUCAAGCUCCAAAUGCCCAAAGUACCAAAUCUACCACCAGUUAGCCUUCUAACAAUGCCUAGCUUUUCUACACCCAACUGGAUGGCAGCUACAUGUGACUCAGAUAAUGGCUCGGGGACAUCCGAGGAUCUGUUCUGGAAGCUGGAUGCGCUGCAGACCUUCAUCAGAGAUCUGCACUGGCCUGAGGAGGAGUUUGGCAAACACCUGGAGAGCAGGCUCAAACUCAUGUCCAGCGACAUGAUUGAGUCCUGCGUCAAACGAACGAGGGUGGCCUUUGAGGCCAAGCUCCAGAAGAGCAGUCGGACCACAGACCUCCGUGUGCCUCAGUCCAUCUGCACCAUGUUCAACGUGAUGGUGGAUGCCAAGGCCCAGUCAGCCAAGCUGUGUGCCAUGGAGCUGGGACAGGAGUUUGUUAGAGAUUGGAGACAGUACCAUUCCCAAAUCGACGCUCUCAUAGAGGAGACUGUGAAGGAGAUGAUCACCUUACUGGUAGCAAAGUUUGUGGUCAUUCUAGAGAGUGUCCUAGCCAAACUGUCCAGAUACGACGAGGGCACUCUCUUCUCCUCCUUCCUCUCUUUCACAGUGAAAGCUGCAUCAAAGUAUGUGGAUGUACCUAAGCCUGGGAUGGACAUUGCAGACGGUUACGUGACCUUUGUGCGCCAUUCUCAGGACAUGCUGCGGGAUAAGGUCAAUGAGGAGGUGUAUGUAGAAAGGUUAUUUGCCCAAUGGUACACCAGCACCAUGAACCUCCUGGGUAUGUGGCUGACUGACCGGAUGGACCUACAGCUCCAUGUCUACCAACUCAAGAUCCUCAUCAGAGUAGUCAAGAAAAAGUACCGUGACUUCCGGCUGCAGGGCGUCCUGGACUCCACACUAAACAGUAAGAUGUAUGACACGGUGAGGAACAGACUGACCCUGGAGGAGGCCACGGCGUCGGUGAGGGAAGGAGGGAUGUCGGGCAUAUCCAUGAAGGACAGUGAUGAAGACGACGAUGAUGACUAGAUCAACAUCACCUGAUGGAGCCUGCGAAUCAAUGCAUGUACCAACUUUGUUAACCACUGGACCAAUCUUAUAGGGUUAUUAUUUUCCACUGUCAGAUAGAUAGAAAUACCCACAAAGGAACAACAAUACAAAUUAGUAACCAAAUACAUAAAUUAUAAUGAUAUUAGUUAUUAUAAUUCUAAAAUAUAUAUAUUUAUGUGUUGAACUAAAAAAGUAUAGGUGUUUUACAAAAAAAGUUAACAUUUGCCUAGCAUUCACUCUUGAAUGUUCCUAAGCAAUAUGGAGAGCCAUGUAUGCGAUGUUGAGUACCAUGAUUAGGGAUAAUGCUUGGUGUGUACCUGUUGAAUGCAAACCUGUUGAGGCGCUUUGCUAACGUACUGUGAAUACAGUAAUGGUACAUCAUUGUGAGGAGGAGAGUAACAUCACCUAUUGUUCUCAUUCAUCUCAGAGCGUAUGUCUACUGCCUAAAGGGAACCAAACUACAGACAGCCAGGCAACCUGUUUGUAUCUAGAUUACAAUAUAUUAUAAAAAGUAGCUAUCCAUUCUCUCUCGUCUCUUAACAUCAAUGUAGAAUUUACUUUGUUGACUCAAUUCAAUACUCAAUACUACAACAUUUUCCCUCACUGGCAAAACAUUUAGCCACAUUUUUUUUUUAAAUUAUGAGUUGUUUUAGAAAUGCAAUAUUUUCAUUGUUUCAUUGUUAUAUCUUGUUGAUGUAUUUAUUGAUCAUUUAUGUUUUUUAAAACAUACAUUUUUUUUUGAAUAUGUUAUAUUUUAGUUAUAAUAGCAAUUAUAGCACAAAGAUAUUCAAUCACAAAGGGAAAAGAGACAUUCUUCUGUGUCCCCUAUACUUCCGCCAUUCCAGGUGAUUAUGUGUGUCCACACUUUUAUAUCUUUAUUGUGUCUGCCAGUAUUUCCUCUGCCGCUGAUGUUGUUUUGUAUAUACACAUAUUGUACAUUACCCUGUGUGCAGUUACUGAAUGUCCCAGGUAUCCUCUUCUCUCCAGAAGUGUGUUUGUUCUCAGUGUAAAGUUACUGAAUGUCCCAGGUAUCCUCUUCUCUCCAGAAGUGUGUUUGUUCUCAGUGUGCAGUUACUGGUGGAGUAAUUUUGCUUCUGCCUUAUGGGAGCCUAUAGAACUGGGGCCCACAAAGUGAAAAUAAAAGUAUCUGUACAAACAU